GUACAGUAGAUAUCCCCAGACGGUAGUUCUAGCAAGCUUCGACUAGGCGGGACGGACAGGGAAUUCUCCGCACGAGACGGCGGGCACCGUCCGUCGUCUCUUAACAUCCCUAGAAGGCGAUGCUGCUGCUGCUGCUGCGCCUGUUUAUACAGCCACUGCAGCCAUCUCUUCUUUCCUUCUGUUUAUUGUUCGUCCUUUAUUCUCUUAUUUCUUCUUUCCAGUCCCGUCUCUACCUUUUUCCUCACAACAGUCGAGUCGUUUUGCACAGGCGAGGCAAGAAGCGUGCGUUUGUGCCCGUGGGUAUUCCAUCCACAGCAGCGCCGCCCGCGUUCAUAUAUAUGCAAGCAAGCAAGCAAGCAAGCAAGCCGCAGCCGGGCUCAUCCAUUCGUUCGUUCGUUCGGGCGUGCGUGCGUGCGAGAGCGCCGUGCUCCAUCACAGCGACAAGGGGCAAAACCAGCCGCCCAGAGGCAAGGUCAUCGAGGACGAGGAUCGAGAGAAGCCACAGCGGAACGAGCGUAAAACGACGACAGUCGUCUUGGCAGACGACUAGAGGGCUUCGAAGGACGACGCGGGAAGGAUCAGACGGAAGGCGGGGGACGGGUUGCCGAGGACCAACCCGCCAGCCAGCAGCGGAGUUCGGGAUUGGAGGAGCGGGCGGCGGCGGCGGGAGGGAUCGUUGAAGCUGCUUACUCGCUCGCCCGCAAGGAGGAGGGAUAAGUGAUGGACGAGGUUACGGCGAUAGGUGAUGAGGGUGUUCGGCUUGGCUUGGUGUUGAGGAAGGAAGAGGCAUGGAAGCAAGUGAGUGCGUGAGUGAGUAACUAAGGUCGGUAGUCAGUCGAGAUGGAAGGAAGAAGGUACACACAAACGCCUCCUCGGGGAAAAGAA